CAUUUCUAUUCACAGAGCGGAAACGGUGCUUUUGUAACGCUGCUUGUGGGGUUGGUCGAUAGGAUUUCUGGCAGCUUUUUUUUUAUUAUUUGUAUCAGGCGGGUUACAAGGCAGCCCAGGUCGGGGGGGUCCUUGGUUCCAGGAGGUGCCGCAAUAUGGCCGCCUCCUUGAGACUUGGCUGUCAGGGGUUUAUUAGGUCAUUUGUCGGGGGGCUCCGGAGUCGUAACGGAGAAUGCAGAGUGAGGGCCCUACACACAGCCGGGAUCCUCAGGGGGGUGCCCGGCGUCCAGGUCUUCAUGCCUGCCCUAUCCCCCACCAUGGAGGAGGGAAACAUCGUUAAGUGGAUGAAAAAAGAAGGUGAGACGGUCAGUGCGGGAGAUGCCCUGUGUGAAAUCGAAACGGACAAAGCCGUGGUUACCAUGGAAUCCAAUGACGAUGGCGUACUGGCAAAAAUUCUGGUGGAGGAGGGCAGCAGGAACGUGCGCCUUGGCUCCUUGAUCGCCCUACUGGUGGAAGAAGGGCAAGACUGGAAGCAAGUGGAUAUUCCCAGUGUCAAAGUCUCUCCAACAGCAGCCGCUGCAGCCACACAAAGUGCUGAUGUUCCAGCGCCCCAGCCUGUGGCCCCAGCGGCAAAGCUCGGGCUGCGUAUGAGUCCCGCUGCCCGGCACAUCAUUGGCACCCAUGGGCUAGACUCCAGUUCCAUCACCCCUUCUGGGCCUCGAGGAAUCCUCACAAAAGAGGAUGCUCUGAAAUUCCUGGCACAGAAGAAGGUAUCCGGGGAGAAGCCCAUAGCAGCCGCCCCGAGCCCACCCCCAGAGAAGCUUCCAGCAUCCCCACCUGCAGCGGCUCCAGCGCCUGUCUCAGGCCGUCCAUUCUUUCCCCCCAUGUCCAUCCCUGGAAAGCCCCAUACAGAGGGCAUGUUUUCUGAAAUACCAGCCAGCAACAUCCGAAAAGUGAUAGCCAAGAGGCUAAUGGAAUCCAAAUCCAGCAUCCCUCACGCCUAUGCCACGACCGACUGCGACAUGGGAGCCGUGAUGCGACUGAGGAAGGAGCUGGCCAAAGAUAAUAUCAAGGUGUCGGUGAAUGACUUUAUCAUCAAGGCCACCGCCGCAGCACUUAAGCAAAUGCCUGAGGUCAACGUGACCUGGAACGGAGAGGGAGCCGCGCCACUGGAAACCAUAGACAUCUCCAUCGCUGUGGCCACCGACCGUGGGCUCAUCACACCUAUCAUCAAACAGGCAGCCAGCAAGGGGAUCCAGGAAAUCGCUGCUACUGCAAAGGUCCUGGCACAGAAAGCACGAGAUGGAAAACUUUUACCCGAAGAAUAUCAAGGAGGGUCAUUCAGCAUUUCCAAUCUGGGCAUGUUUGGCAUCACCGGGUUCAGUGCAGUGAUCAACCCCCCGCAGUCCUGCAUCCUGGCGGUGGGAAGAUCCCGGGUCGAGCUGGACCUGGCCGAGGGCGAGGAAGGAAACCCGCAGCUCUGCCAGAAGCAUGUCAUGAACGUCACCCUGUCCAGCGACGGGCGGCUGGUAGAUGACGAGCUCGCCUCUAAGUUCCUAGAUUGCUUCCGGAAGAACCUGGAGAAUCCCCUCCAUUGCGCCCUGCUGUGACUGAGUGAGCCUUUAUAUUAAAGGGACAGUGCUACUGAAAUACACAAUGCUCUUAAAUUGGUACCUUCACUAGUAUGUGAAAGAUGCCCUCACUUUUCCCGACUCAAAAGUGUGCCAAUACCUAACAGGAAGUGAGGGGUGCCAUAGAAAAUGGUUUCCCCCCUGCUUUUAUAAUACAAAAUAUAUGCACCUUGACCAAUCUAUUGGCCAGAGAUUUAGGGUUGAACUGUAUAGCAGUGAGUUAUAGAACAGUAUCCCCCCACAUCCGACUGAACAAAUAACACUCACUGGGUCAAUAAAAACAGAUUAAUUUAUUAGAACCCAA